UUUUCGCGGUUCCGUUUCAGGAUGAAGUCGUUUCCGGGCGACAGGGUACCAGCAGUAAACAUGGCGGAGGAACUGCUGGAAACAGUGGACAGACUUCAGUCCCGGCUCCUGGAGAAUCCGGAGCCCCGAAAGCUGCUUAAGACUUUCAAAAGACUGGGGGAACUUCCAAUGACUGUGGACAUACUGGUGGAAACUGGAGUUGGGAAGACUGUGAACUCUUUUAGGAAACACAAACUUGCUGGUGAGGUGGCAAAAGGCCUCGUAGCUAAAUGGAAGAAACUGGUUCCUCAGUCUGCAGACAGACCCACCAACAGCCACGUCAAAGAGGCACCGCGGCCACACACACACUCUCGGGCCCCGGAGUCAGGCGGUGGAGGAGGAGGACACAGACGCACCCGGGAACCCUCCCCUGAGGAGGAGCCCUCCUACAUGGAAGAGGAGGAGGAGGAGGAGGAGGAGGAGGAGAGAGGCUAUAACACGAACUACUCGCCCUCACCUCCUCAACACGAGCAGUACAGCCCUCCACAGCGAGGAGGCUACCAGUCGGACGAGUACGAGAGCCCAGAACCUGAACCUGAGCCGAGUCCUCCUCCUCCUCCUCCUCCUCGCAAAGAGGUCCGCCACUCCAAACCAAACAAAGAGCCCAACAAGAACCACCACCACGGUUCCCAUGGUGACAAAAACAGGGACAGAGACGAGGAGCGGCGGCAACGCCAUGCACAGAUGAGCAGCGAUCGAGGAGGAGGAGGAGGAGGAGGAGGAGGAGGAGGAGGUGAGGCGAAGAAACGCAGCGCAGACAGAGAGAGGCAGCAGAGUCCAGUACAGAAGUCUGCAAAGCACAGCAAAAAGUCCUCCACACAUGAGAGUAAGAGGGAGGAGAAAAAGAGAGGAGGAGACGAGGGGCGACCACGGGCACCGAAGGACUCUCCACCCAAAGAGGAGGAGGAGGACUACGAGACUCACACCAUGUCCUUUGAGUCUUUCCUCACAUAUGACGCCCCGACGCCUGUCAAGAAGAAGAAGAAGCCAUCAUCAUCGUCAUCCUCGUCACACAGUCGACCCUCUCACUCCUCCUCCACGUCGUCCUCCCAUCGUUCACGCACCCCUCCGCCCGCACCCUCCUCAUCCUCCUCUUCCUCCAAGAGCAGCAAGGCUAACGGCACGCAGAGCACCAAGAGGUCACAUUCAGGCUCCAGCUCGGCAGCACCGGAGAAACGCAAGAAGGUAGUCGACGCUGUUCCGACUCUCCCCGAAAUCCCUCUGCCAGCAAUUCAGCCGAAUUACAGACCUCUGCCCUCCAUCGACGUCACACCGCUGUCCCCUCAGAGACGGAAAGUUCCCGUCUGCAACGACGAGGAGGACGCCGGGUUCACAGGGAAGAGAUUCAACUCUAAGAUGGUGGUCUACUCGGGAUCAAAGACGGCCUACUUGCCCAGGAUGAUGACUCUGUACGAGCAGUGCAUCCGUGUGCUGCAGAACAACAUCGACUCCAUCGCCGAGGUGGGAGGAGUCCCGUUUGAGAUCCUGGAGCCGGUGCUGGAGCGAUGCACGCCAGAGCAGCUGUUUCGCAUCGAGCAGAGCAACCAGUGGUUCACGGAGGAAUCUGACGAGCUGUGGAUGCGUCACUGUCAGCGGGACUUUAAACGCGAGACUCCUCAGGAGUACGAGUCGUGGAGGGAGAUGUACCUGAGGCUGCACGACGAGCGCGAGGAGCGGCUGAGGCUGCUCACCCAGAACAUCUCCUCCGCUCACGCCAACAAGCCGAAAGGGCGUCAGGUGAAGAUGGCGUUUGUGAAUUCUGUCGCCAAGCCGCCACGUGACGUUCGCCGCCGUCAGGAGAAGUUCGGUACCAUCAGCGGUUCGUCAGCCGCCUCCACCGCAGCUGCAGCUCCCAUCAAAAUAAGACCAGCUAGCACAGAUUACUCUGGCGAAUCAAGCCGCUCCUCUUCCUCCCAAAAUAACCCAUCUACCAGCUUGUCUCGUUCCUCAGCAGGAGGAGGAGGAGGAGGCGGAGGAGGAGGACCAGGAGGAGGAGGACCAGGACCUGUCGCUCGGGACAAGCCUCAGGUCAAAAAAAUCGCCCCCAUGAUGGCCAAAACUAUCAAAGCUUUCAAGAACAGAUUCUCCCGCCGAUAGUGUGAAAGAGACUGAAUGUACUUUAUCAAUUCCAACUGUGUUUUUAAUUUAAGUUUAGCAGAAACUGUACCGGAGACCCCGUCGUCCCUGCACACACACACACACACACACACACACACACACACACACACACACACACACACACACACACACACACACACACACACACACACACACACACAAAAACCAUCAUCUCGACCCACCAAACAUAUCAUAUGAACUUUUAAGUAGAAAAGGUUAAUUUAAGAAGUAUAUGUAUUUAAGCAGUGGCAUCGGUUUUUUGGGGAUCUUUAACUGAGUAUUUAACUCUUAAGUGACGGUCAGUGAGUGUGACGACGUCUGUCUUAAGAAAAUAAGUCAUCAGUUUUUUUACAAGGACAUCACACAGUCUGUUACUUUUUCUCGUUUUCUAGCUCACAUUUUAAAAGGAACAGCUCGACCUCGAAGGAAAUGCGCCUGUUUGUUUUCUUACCGAGAGCUAAAAAAACAAGAUUGAUGCCGCUCGCGUGCCUGAACGCUAAAUACGAAACUAAGCUUAGCACGAAGACUGGAAACAGCCUGGCUCUGUCCAAAAUAACACUCUCUAAAGUGUAAACCUCUAAGGCUACUUAACAUACAGUUAACAUAAUUGAGCUCUCUAUUAAUUUUGGUAUAUUUAACCCUUUGAAACCUUGAGCGACAGCGCUUUUUUGUGCUGUUUUCAGACGCCUUUCACAAGUAUUUAAGCAUUUGGAGCUAUGAGCACAUUGGUGGGAUUUCUUUUAAAAACAUAGAGAAGAAAGAGCAACUUGGUAAGAAAUGUUCCACAAUUUGCAAGAAAUUUGUAGA